GUCCUCUUCACAAUAAAGAACCAAACCCUCUAUUCUCUUCUUCUCAUCAUUCCUUCACUUUUCAAUCCCUUUAAUUGAUAUCUCUUUCUUUCCCGAGAAUUAAACUUCUUACAUAAUUCUUGAAAUCAUAGCAAUGGCAACUCCUAUCAUUUUCUUGAUUUUGGCAAUAUUUGUACUAGUAUUAUCAGCCUUCUUAUUUCUUUCUAAAAUUAAGCCUUGUUGUGAGUGUGAGAUUUGCAAAGGAUAUUUGAGUACUUGCUGGACUUUACAGUUCAAGAAUCUUUGUGAUUGGUACUCACAUCUUUUAAAAAAAUCACCAACUGGGACAAUUCACGUUCACGUUCUUGGAAAUGUGAUCACAGCAAAUCCCAAGAACGUCGAGUACAUGCUCAAAACAAAAUUCGAAAAUUUCCCAAAAGGGAGACAAUUUGCUACAAUCUUGGGCGAUCUUUUAGGCCGAGGAAUUUUCGCCGUCGACGGCGAAUUAUGGAAGUUGCAGCGGAAAAUGGCUAGUUUAGAACUCGGCAGCGUUUCGAUACGUUCGUACGCUUUCGAUAUCGUCGGAGACGAAAUUAGAAACCGGCUUAUUCCACUUUUGGAAAGUAACAAGAACGACGCCGUUUUGGAUUUGCAAGAUGUUUUUCGGCGAUUCUCGUUUGAUAGUAUAUGUAAAUUCUCUUUUGGAAUGGAUCCGGGUUGCUUGAAAUUAUCAUUGCCAGUUUCGGAUCUUCAAGUGGCAUUUGAUUUAGCUUCUAAGUUGUCAGCUGAAAGAGCAAUGACAGCUUCUCCAUUAGUUUGGAAAAUCAAAAGGGCAUUGAAUAUUGGAUCAGAGAAGAAGCUGAAAGAAGCAAUUAAAAUGGUUGAUAUUCUUGCUGAGGAAAUGAUAAGUCAUAAAAGAAAAAAUGAUUUUUCAUCUCAAAAUGACCUUUUAUCAAGAUUCAUGAGGAAUAUUAAUGAUGAUAAACUCCUUAGGGAUAUUGUCAUUAGUUUUCUUCUAGCAGGAAGAGACACUGUUGCUUCUGCGUUGACCACUUUUUUCUGGUUAUUAAGUCAACAUCCGGAAGUCAAAGAUGAAAUUCGAGCCGAGUCGAGUCGAGUCAUGGGAGAAACAGAAAAAGAAAAACUUGCUAGCUUUGAGGAAAUUCGUAAAAUGCAUUAUUUGACAGCAGCGUUGCAUGAGAGUAUAAGGCUAUUUCCACCAGUUCAAUUUGAUUCAAAGUUUUGUCAAGAAGAUGAUACGCUCCCCGAUGGUACAUUUGUAGCAAAAGGUACAAGGGUAACUUAUCAUCCUUAUGCAAUGGGAAGAAUGGAGAGUAUUUGGGGUCAAGAUUGUCUUGAAUUCAAGCCAGAAAGAUGGUUGCAAAAUGGGGUUUUUAAGCCACAAUGUCCAUUUAAGUAUCCAGUUUUUCAAGGUGGGCUUAGGGUUUGUUUGGGCAAGGAUUUGGCUAUUGUGGAGAUGAAAAGUGUUGCUUUGGCUUUGAUUAGGCAAUUUGACUUUCAAGUUGUGGCAAAAGAGCAAACUCCUCGGUUCAUGCCCGGGUUGACAGCCACAGUGAGAGGUGGACUCCCCGUCAUGGUUCAAGAAAGACAGCAACAAUAGCAUCAGUCACAGUAGCCGAUUCAGAAUUUAGAAUUAGUAAAUUUUACAGAGAAAAGUUACGUACUUUCAAACUGAUAGUAUUUGUAAUUAGUUCAUACUUCAUCUAUAGCUAGUGCUAGACAUAGAGAACUGAAAUAUGUACAUUAAACGUCAAAAGAUUGCGUAUGAUUUAAUUAAUGACACAAAAGUCUUGGAAAAA